ACUGAGUUCAGACGAACAGCGGCCAUCUUCCUCAAAAAAAAAACUUCAGUCCCAAAGAAAACCAGAAUCAAUCCCUGGAUACAUGGGUGACCACAUCAAGGACAGUUAUGGAGCAUUAAACCAAGGGGCUACGACAAGCAAGCUAGACACAGCUAUAGGAAACAGGGUAACUGAAGAAGCGUCGUUAUAUGACAAAACUGAAGUGAGGAGCUUCCUGUGACCAUAUCGUCUGGUGAACCCCAGCGAAACCCUUGACUCCUCACUGAGGAGACAUGGAGGACCAGGGGGAUGCUGGGAUUGGGGGUUUAUUGGUGCCCAGCCCACAGAGUGAGGUUGUAACCCAUGAGAUGGGCGAACUGUCCCUGCACCCCAGCCAGAGGCUGCCCCCUCUCAACGAGCGCAAAAAUGUUCUCCAGCUGAGGCUACAACAGAGACGCACUCGUGAACAGCUCGUUGAUCAGGGCAUCAUGCCACCCCUGAAGAGCCCUGCAGCGUUCCAUGAACAAAUCCGCAGCCUUGAGAGAGCCAGGACUGAAAAUUUCCUAAAGCACAAAAUACGCAGCCGCCCAGAAAGGGCUGAGUUGGUCCGCAUGCAUAUCUUGCAAGAGACGGUGGCAGAGCCUUCUCUGCAGGCCACUCAGCUGAAAUUGAAGAGAGCUCGACUGGCUGAUGACCUGAAUGAGAAGAUCGCUCAACGCCCCGGCCCCAUGGAGCUGGUGGAGAAGAAUAUCCUGCCUGUGGACUCCAGCGUAAAGGAGGCCAUCGUUGAUGGUCAGAUGCAGUACCCUAAAACUCUAGAGGAACUGGCAGAUGAGGACAGUGGAGAUGCGUUUUCACCCGAGCAGCCAGCCAGUCAGGAGUCCCAGGGUUCUGUAGCCUCACCAGGAGAGGUCCGGACCAUUGAAGAGUCCUCACCUUUGCCUAAUAACUUAUUACAGGUAGUCCUGCCACCUCCUUUUCACUUCAGGGACAAAACACUAAGAGCUCAUGGUGCCAAAAAAACAGAAUUUUGUAAUUCAGGUUUUUCACAGCACUUUCCUGCAGUGACCACCCCUUCAACAGAUUUCCUCAAGCCUUUUUCUACCAAUGAGCAAUCAGUUAGCCCUCCAGCACCCAUGCCACAGCUAGUCACCGUGGCCCCUGUGAAGUCUGGGCCCACCCUUGUAAAGCAAAGUCAGCCCAAGUUACCUGGGGAUAGGAGCCGCAGCAAGAAGAGUAAGGAGGCCAAGCCACGUGUGAAAAAGUUCAAAUAUCAUCAGUACAUUCCCCCAGACCAGAAACAAGAACCCAACCAAGCCCCGAUGGACUCCUCAUAUGCUCGUUUACUACAACAGCAGCAGCUAUUUUUGCAGCUACAGAUCCUGAGCCAACAGCAACAGCAGCACUACAACUACCAGACCAUCCUUCCUGCACCUCUCAAGCCUGUGAUGGAAGGCCAAAACAGCAGUGCCACAGUGGCUAUCAACAGCGCAAGCAGCCUUCCUGCCUCAAUUGUGGUGUCUCUGCCAACAGCAACACCCGUGCGGCCCAGCAGCACCCUUUCCAACCGCAAGGCAGGGACACUACCUGCCAAUCUGGAGGAGAUGAAGGUGGCAGAGCUGAAAAUGGAGUUAAAGUUACGUGGUCUUCCAGUGUCAGGAACAAAAAUAGACCUUAUUGAACGGCUUAAGCCUUUCCAAGAAAACAAUGUCACUACUGCACCCAACAACUGCAAAGGACCUAGCACACAGCCCUGUAGCACACCUAUGGAGGUGUCCAGCACCACUACAACCCUAUCGCCCAUCCAACGGCCCUCUGAAAAUCUGAGCUCCACUCCACCUGUGUCUCCUGGCUCCUCAGAGCUUCACAGCAAAGAGGUCGCAUCCACAGAGCGACAGGCAGAGGGCCAAAACUGCAGUUUAGUAAAGGCAGCUAAUGUUCCCGAGGAGCAGGACCGGAGACUACACGAAAAGGAGCGACAGAUCAAGGAACUGCUGCGUAAACUGGAGCAGGAGCAGAAGCUGGUGGAGGAACUGAAGAUGCAGUUAGGGGUGGAGAAAAGGACAGGACAGGUCGUUCCACCUGCAGAAAAUAACAACAAUUCCAGUCCAGCCACCAUGUUGGCAUCUGUCAAAACAGAAAACACUGUCCCUCCUAACUGCACACUGAGUUCACACACUACACCAACGCUGGUGAAGCUCGAGGAGGCCCAUCCCAACCAGGUGACCGCUACCCCUCUCCAUCAGUUCAUUAUCAGCCACCAAGGAGUACCACAGGUCAUAGGGCAGCCCCAGACUCUUCUAACCACUCCGCAUGGGGGCACUCAGAUCCUUCUUCCAGUGCCCCUGGCGAAUAAUACCACUACCAUCCAGCUACCCAACACUAAUGUCAAACUACAGCCAGUUUUGCAGGCUGUCUCUCCAUCAGGGCCAGGUCUAAUUCAGACCCCCCAAAUACAGCCCACCAAAGGAGAGAGUCUUACAUCACAACAGCUGCUCAUAGCUCACAACCACAUAGUUCAGACCCAGCCUGUGGGCACCAACAAGAGUUCAGGUUUCCAGCAUGGUACCAAUGAGAAUCAAGCAGGCCCGGAGAUACCUCAGUGCUUCCUCAGCAGCUCCCCAGAUAACAGGAUCUCACCUCUGACGUCCCCCGUCCCAUCAUCCCUUAUCAAUGGGUCACUAAACAAGACCUCCUUCAUCCAGCAGUCCCCAGUUUUCAAUCAGACACCGAAGAACAGAGAGCCGCCCCGCUAUGAGGAGGCUGUCAAACAGAGCCGCAGCCUACAGAAUCCUGCCGUCUCAGAGAUUCCCACAGCAAUGAGUCAACAGAUGGAUGAUCUCUUUGACAUUUUAAUAGAAAGUGGAGAGAUCACUCCCUUUAGUCAACAGGACCUAUCUGUGCCUAAGAUGAUGCCUGUUACAGCCAGCAUCACCACCCUGCCUGUCAACACCGCCCUGUCCCGACCACCUGCCCAGGUGCAGAUGGCACCCCCGCCAGCGCUGAUGUCGGAGCACAUGCCCAGCCUGGCCUCCCUGGACUCUGAUAACCAGUUGGAGGCUCUGCUGGAGGGCACGCUGGUGGGGGACAAAGAACCGGAGCAGAGGACUUUGGGCCUGCUGGAGGAGCUGCAAAACCAGAUGCUGGAGCAGCCAAACUCCCCUAUGGACACGUCUGAGCUGGGAUUCACCGACCCACCUGCACCUUCCUCCUCCUCCCUGUCCUUUAGUCUCCAAGAAACUGGCCUGGACAACAUGGAGUGGCUGGACCUCACAAUGCCUGGGCCCAUUGGUGGACUCAAUGCAUUGGGCAUCACCUCUGAAUUCCUGGACACUCAUGACCUGCAGCUGCACUGGGACUGAGAGGAAUCGCUUCAAACACGGUUAUAUUUUCACUCGCACAACAAGCUGUGUGUCUGUGGGGCGUACAGUAGGAGAAGAAGGGAUUGUCAGUGUGUCGGCGGUUCACGUCUGGCAGCUUUAUGUGACUAGACUCCAGCUCAGCUGUACACUUCACUUAUGCUGGUUCUAAUCACCAUCUGUUCUCUUUCACAUUAUUGCUCUUGUUUGAUCAGAAAAGACACAUGAGCCUUGUGGGUAAUGCUGGCUAGGUCCUGAAUGUGCUCUCUUUGCUGUGCCAUUCUGAGAGGGAGCUGCUUUUGGGCAGAUGGAAUUCUGCUGUAUUGCUAUUUUGGUUUUUUCACUCAUGUGCAUCAGAUUGGUUGCAAUGAGUCUCUAAAUAUCCUCACAGAUAAUUUUAAGGAAGGGUAAGCUGUCAGUUCCAGACGAUGUGGCAUCACAGUAGAGUUCACUUCGUUUGCGCAAAGUUUAAAAUUGAGCCUUGAGUAAUGACACCAUUAGUGCUCCUGUACGUAAUCAUGAGUGUCUGUGUGGAGGAUGAGAAUGUCAGAGUCAACCUGGCAGUUAAGCCACAUUUCCCAGAAUCCCCUUUUCCACCAUUGACUGCAGCAACAGCCUGUUGUCUGCAAGAUUCGCUGGCAAAUACACUACCAUUCAAAAGUUUGGGGUCAGUAAGAUUUUUAAAAACAGAAAUUAAUUGUGUUGUUCAGAAAGAUCCAUUUAAUUAAUCAAAGGUAACAUUAAAGAUAUUUAUUAUAUUACAAAAUAUGAUUAAAUGUUUCUAUUCAUCAGAAAAAAAUUAUAUGAAAAAUUGACAUGUGACACUAAGGACUGAUGGCUGCUGAAAAUUCAGGUUUGUCAUCACAGGAAUAAAUGACAUUUUAAAUUAUAUUAAAAUAGGACACAGUUAUUUUAUAUCGUAGAAAUAUUUCACAAUUUUACUGUUUUUACUAUAUUUUGAGAGAAUGCAGCCUAGUGAGCAUUCAGAUUCUUUCCAAAACCAAACCAAACAAAAAAAAUCUUAUUGACCCUAAACUUUCAAAUGGUAGUAUAGUUUGAUGAAGAUCUAUUUAACAUAUCACUUAUCAACUUUUUAGCAAAUGUUCUUUUUGUUUUGAUAUUGUUUGAAAGAUGACUGGUUGCUGACCAGGGGAAUUGAUUCAUGUUUUAUAAAGUGGCUACAAUUGCAGAUUUUCUGUAAACAUAAACACCAAUCUUGGAUGAGGUUGUAAAGAGCAUUUGGUUUGAUUUGGAUCUGAGAAUUGCAGACAUAUUUUUUUAAUCCUGGACACAUGGAAAUUUUGUUUCAGUUAAUUUGUCAUCUCAAUCUCAAGCCAAAAAAAAAAAAAAAAAAUCCUAUUUCGAUUAUCAGGUGAUAACUUCCACUAUACCAUUGUGAAAUGGUCUGAAAUGAGUCUAAUUUAUGUAAAUAAUCUAUGAGAACAAAUAUUUGUUUAAAAAAAAAAAAUAAUAGAAAAAAGCAAAAACUAUUUUGUCUGAAUUGUUGGAUGUCCGACCCCUCGUCUGUGUAAAUUGUGAAUCAAUGUGUCUGUGUGAUUGUUCGUCGCUUCAGUGGAAUGUUGUGUUUGACUCAGUUGACUUUAGGUGCAUCAUACUGUAAAAAAGUUCCAGUUUUUUCCCAGUGUUUUUCUCAGUUCGGUUCUCGCAGUGGUUGCUAUAUUUUGAGUUUUGACUGAUUUGCAUAUUUUUGAUGCCAUGGAACAGAUUUCCGUUAGAGAUGCAGCUUUUGCAAAGCAAUUAUGUAAAUGAAGCCAUCAGAAUUGACAGCUGACACUAAAAACAGUGAUCUCUAGCAGCACUAUAUAUUAUGUAUGAACACAGGGCAUCUUUGUACUGUUUAUUCCUCCUGUAAAUGGAGUUUUGAAAAUGCAAAGCCUCUCGGGGGUUUUAGAAGUAAAGCGGACAGCUGAAGUGGUAACUGAUGACUUUACUCCAUGUUAAAUGUCAGUUGCAGCUUAAUAAUUUGUUUGUUGAGGGAAUCAGAGAACAAAUUGAACCAGAUUUGUCUGCUUCUGUUGUUCUGAAUUUUUUAACAGGCCUGUUUUGUCAAGUUCCUAUACUAAAUAUUUGCAUGUGGGUGCAUGUGUUUGUAUGGCUGAGCGUCUGUUUUACUGCCUUUAUGUUAAAGUUGUACUGUUCGAAAUUGCUACAGACCAUCCAAAUGUGUAAAUGAACAACAUUUUAUAUUUGCAAAUAUCUUGACAGCAUGUGAAUAAUCAAAUUAAUGUGAUAUCUUUCAGAGAUACA